AAUAAAAUUUAAUCAUAAUAUUCUUACUAAUUUCCAUUUUACCGCCUUAAUCUUUCAUCACAUUUUUACGACUUUCCAAGCGAUAUUAAACGCUUUUUUUAAGUAAAACCAACUCAAUUCUUUCCCUGUUCUUAAAAAUUUUAUCUCUUUUGAUCUAAUCGUAUUUAUAUUUUAAUAAUGGGUAGUCAAUGUUAUGUAAAUUCUGAGUGCGGUUCAGUAUUCUCGCAAGAGAAUAUUUCAUCAAGCCAUUUUCAAGCUAUCGAUACAACAAAUCAAGAAGACACCGCGUCUACGCUCUAUCCGACACAAAUGUCUACAUCUACAAUUAAUUUAAUCAAAACAGAAGAGGAAGUUUCAUUAUCAGUUUAUCCUCAAAAUGAGUACAAACCAGAGUAUACAUCACAGUGUUUUGGUAGUCAAAAUGAAUUCGGUAUGUUUGUCAUAUCCGAAGGAAUGGGACAUUUAACUCAAAAAUUUCAUGUUUCUCCCGUAAAUCAAAAUUAUAUCGCAUGUCCACCUACACCAACUACUCCUCAUACACCUUAUAAUGAAAAUUUCUUUCCUGAAGUAUUUCCUACAACACCUCCAGCGGAUAUAAACAUGUUCAAUCCUGCAACUUUACUCGCGUUUUCUCAACAAGCAGAACAUUUUUAUGAUCAAGGACAUUAUUUUCUUCAUGUCGCGAACCCUCGUAAUGCUUAUCUCGCGUUUUCAUAUUUCGCGUAUGCUGCAAAUUUAGGUUCUCAACGCGGUAAACAUCAACUCGCUUACUGUCUUCAACAUGGUAUCGGUGUUGUUAAAGAUGAAAAGAAGGCCGUAAAAAUAUAUUUGGAAAUAGCAAGUGCAGAUCCCCCAAAUGCGGCAACGUUGUGUCAAUUAGGAAUCUGUUUUCAAAUGGGCAUUGGUGUUGAAGUUGACGCGUCGCGUGCUAUGUGUAUAAGAGACAGGUUUAAUCUCGCGUACUGUCUUCGAUAUGGUCUUGGUACCCCUGUAAAUCAUAAACGCGCAUAUGAGUUAUAUUAUCAUUUGGCCGAAUUAGGUGAUCCACAAGGCAUGAAACUUUUAGGUAACUGCAAAAUGUCAGGAAUUGGAACCGAAAAAGAUGAAAUUGGUGCACUUGAAUGGUUUCGACGUUCUAGUGAAAGUGAUAUUUACUGGGGUGGUAAAAUGCAAUAUGCUUUACAUCUUCUUAAAGGCAUAAAUACUGCUCCAAAUCACGUCGAAGCAUUUAAUUUGGUUAAUACUGUUUGUGAGAAUUUUCCUUCAUGCCCUGGACCUAAUAAACUACUUCUCGGAAGAUUUUAUCACUCUGGAACUGGAUGUCAAGUAGAUCUUGAAAAAGCCUUAUAUUGGUAUGAAAAAGCAUUACGAAGCUAUUAUAUGCCAUCAUGCUAUGUACAAGAAUCUGAAAUGUUGAUCAAUGAUAUCCGUAAUCGACAAAUUCAAAAUUCAAUGAUUUUCUUAAAGGGGGUUGGGAAUGAAAAUGGUAUAAUCGAUGAAGAUAUUGGUCAUGAAGAUGGAAAUUGCUAAAAAAAAAAUGGCAGUUUGAUAAUAGCUUUAAUAUAUAUUAUAAUGUAUAUAUAUAUAUAUAUUUCAUUUUCCCCGCAAAAUUUUAUAAUACUUUUCUUUUUUUUAUGUCGAAUGAACAACUAAGAAUAUUAUUUAUGCUGCCUUUACUCUCCUUUUAUUCUUUUUUCAUAUGGAAACUGUAGGUUAAUUUUUAAUUUUAAGCACAAAAAAAAAUUAUUAUUUUCGUAUAAUAUUAUAUAUACAUUUAUAUAUGUAUAUGUCUAUGAACAAAAAAAAACUAAGUAACUAAUUUAUAAAAACUAAUAAAAAAACUAAGAUGUUUGUG